UGGUUCUAUCAGAGCACCGUUAUAUUAAAGCCCUGCAGAAUGGGGGAAAUAAAUGCCCUCAGUUGCGUAGGACAAGAUGAUAUAGUAUCUUUGCGAAUCAUCUGCACAAUGGCUCGUGAUAAGAAACAGUACAACAUCGAGGAAGUGGACAUGUAUGGAAACACUGCUCUCUUGAAGGCCUGCUAUUUGGGGCGAUAUGAUUGCGCUUGCACACUCCUGGAGUUUGGAGCAAAUAUCUUUGCCAUUAACUAUUUUGGUCAAAAUGCUUUGACCCUGGCGAGCUAUGUUGGCCAUUUGCCCAUGGUUAAGGAGCUAUUAAAACGGAGAACUUACAAGGACUUCAAUUUGUCCUCAAUGAUCCCGGCUCUUUGCGUGGCAAUUAUGCAAAAACAUUCUGCCCUGGAGGCAUUUUUUAUUCAACUAGAUCCAAAGGGAGCUAAAGAUAUACACACAGUACAUGGGUUGGGAAUUGAGGACCUGCGAAAAAUGAUGCGGCAAGCAGAGAAUUCGAGCAAACACAAAUCAUCCUCUUCUCACAAUUUUUUGUUUAAUGGCCGUCGUUAAAUCAAUGUAUUUUUGUAAUUUCAAAUUGUAUAAUUAA